GCUCACAUGGAGCAGCAUCAAGGGCAGCUCCCUCCCAUUGCCACCCUAGUGCGAUCUCUGAACAAGAUCGUCCAGCACGAGAAAUCAUAUCUCACAUCCUUGCCGCGUUCUCUGUUGGGAGACGAGUCCAUGAGGCCGACUCUAAAGGGGAUGAAGGACGAGUGGGUGCUCUACCGGUUUCUGAUGCCGCCCAGUUGGAAUACCAUUUCCGUUGGAGAUGUGGUGGGAUUCCAAGUCGCCCCCACACGUUUUUCUGCCGCGUCUGCUUCUGCUACUGCUUCUCCUGCUUCUUCUUGUGCUCCUGCUGCUACCUCUGCUUCUCCUGCUUCUGCUGCUACCUCUGCUUCUCCUGCUUCUUCUGCUUCUGAUGCCUCCUCUUCUUCUCCUGCUUCUCCUGCUUCCCCUGCUUCUCCUGCUUCCCCUGCUUCUCUUGCUUUUUCUGCUUCCCCGGCUGCCGAUGGCACAGAACCAGCCUGUUUUGACUCAGAAGCCACUCCCAAUGCAAAAGCAGCACCCACUUUUGAGUCGACUCAAAAAGCCGACGCAGAAGGUUUCGACUCAGAGGCCACUCCCAAGGCAAAAGCUGCAUCCAGUUUUGAGUCGACUCACAAAGCCAAUCCAGAAGAUUCCAAAUCAAAAGGUUCUGAUUCAGAACGUUCUGAGUCAGAAGCCACUGCCAAGGCGGAAGCAGCACCCACUUCGUUCCCACUGAUCUUUCGGCGUGUCGCAGCCGUUGCUGGAGACGAGAUGGUGUCACCUCAGCCGUCGGAUGAGCCGUUUCGGAUAGACAAGGACCAGUUCUGGGUGCUUGCUGAUGAUCCGACGGUUCCUGCAAAGCCGCACUCUGGGUCCCGUGCACGUGAGGGACAUAGUGGGAAGAGCUUUGUACGUCGUGCGCUCAGCUUUGGAUCAUGA